CUGUAGACUCUAAUGUAACAGACUACAGUUUACACACUUAGCAAGUCAAAGAAGGUUAUGAUUCAAAUGAGUCGUCUGCUUGUGGUUUGACAGCCACAUGUUUAAGUUCAUUCUUACAUUAGGUGUCGUAAAAGUAUUACCAUACUCUAGUAUUGCUUGAUGAAACCAUCAAUUUUCAGUUAAAAUAAUUUUCUAUUAUUGAAUUAGUAAGUGCAUCCGAAAAUCAAUUUAUAACUUCAACAUGCCGGUCCCUUGUAGCAUAGAUACUUGUAAUAAGCCUGCCGCGCUUAAGAGGCCAAAAACAGGGCAUAGCAUGUGUAAGGAGUGCUUUUUUGAUGCUUUUGAAACAGAAAUACAUGCUACCAUAGUUAUGAGUAAAUUAUUUAAAAGAGGUGAACGUGUCGCAGUGGGUGCAUCAGGAGGGAAAGAUUCCACAGUACUCGCUCAUGUACUGAAAGUACUAAAUGAUAAAUAUGAUUAUGGUUUGGAUCUGUUUUUGUUAUCUAUUGAUGAAGGAAUUAGCGGUUAUAGAGAUGACAGUUUAGAAACUGUAAAACAAAACAGAGAUGAUUACAAGUUGCCUUUAAAAAUUUUAUCUUAUAAAGAUUUAUAUGGUUGGACAAUGGAUGAUAUUGUUAAACAGAUUGGACGUAAAAAUAAUUGUACCUUCUGUGGCGUUUUUAGAAGACAGGCUUUAGAUAGAGGAGCAGAAUUAAUAGGAGCAAAUGUAAUUGUUACUGGACAUAAUGCAGAUGAUAUGGCCGAAACAGUUAUAAUGAAUGUAUUAAGAGGUGAUCUUGCGCGUCUAACAAGAUGUACAAGUAUUGUUACUCAAGGAGAAGGGACCAUUCCUAGAUGCAAACCUUUAAAAUUUGCAUAUGAAAAAGAAAUUGUCAUGUACGCUCAUUUUAAAAAAUUAGUAUAUUUUUCUACAGAAUGUAAAUAUGCACCUGAUGCUUACAGAGGAUAUGCAAGAAAAUUUCUCAAAGAUUUAGAAAGAAUUAGACCAACUUGUUUUCUUGACAUAAUUCAUUCAGGAGAGUUAGCAUCUCAGCAUGCAGCCAAAGUUAAACUUCCAGAACGACGUACAUGUACUCGUUGUGGAUUUGUGGCUAGUCAAGAAAUAUGCAAAGCUUGUACUUUACUUGAAGGUUUAAAUAGAGGCAUACCAUUGAUGGGAGUUGGUAAAUCAAAUAAAGCUAAAAGACUACAGGGAUUAGAAAUCAAAGAUGGUUCCAAAAAUGAAUCCAAAAAAGCUUCAAGAUUAAAUCAUAAUCAACAAUCUAAAAGUAGAGGCACUUGCGGAAGUUGUUCAACAGGAUGUCAAUCUGAAACAUUGCCAGAACAUAAGAAUGGAAAAUGCAAUUCAAACACCCUUAAUACAGAAAAAAAUCAAUCAAAUGAUUGUUUAUCAGGAUGUCAAUCUGAAACAUCAAAUGAAGUUCAAGAAGAGCUACGUGAUGUAAACUUUAUUGAGAAACAACCAGCCAGUAGAGAGAAAAAAAAAUUUGACAAUAUAAGGUGUCCUAAACAUGCAUUAUCAACGGAACUAGAAAAAGAAGAAAAAAAAGAAAAUAAGAAGAAAAAAUCAAUGAAUAACUUUACUUUUCCAUUAGAUUGCACAAACUGCCAUAAGGGUUCAAUGACAAAAACACCUCCAAAACUUAUUUAUAAAAAGUUGAAAGAUUCUGAAAAAAAAGAACAAAAGAGAAAAUAUAUAAUGGAAAAAGUUGGACAAACUACUGAUAAACAAGAACUUAAAAAAUUAACGUCAGAGUUGACAAAACUCAUUCUUGAUGAUUCUGAUGAUGAGAUAUCAGAAACAGAAUUUGACGAUAAAAAAGAGAAGUCUUCAGAAAAUUGUUGUUGCCCUCUUGGUACUCACAGAUGGGCUAAAAAACAAAAUGAACAAGAUGAUGAAAGUGACUCUUCAUCUUAUGAAACAGAUGAUGAAGAUCGCUUGUAUCAAGUUAUGCAUGGAGAGUUUGAUAUUUUGAAAUUUAAAGAAUUCUUUGGUUUAACUUCAGAGGAAUUUGAAAAAUUGGACCAGUUAAACAAAGAACCUCAAAAAACCAUUGCAGAAACUGAAACUAUGGUUACAUCAAAUAAGAACCUAACUAUGAAUACUCCACAUAAGGAUCAAAUAAAAAAACCAAAUCCAAUUGAUGAGAAUGAAAUAAUGCUGUGCUUGAUUCAUGAUGGACCUGAAGAUCAGGUAUUUUAUUCUGGAAAUAAUCAAGAUAUUUUAGCAUUUAUUACACAAAUUAAGGAAUCUCAUUCAAUGUCUCCAUCUGACGAAACUCAUGAACCAUUUAUAUCCUUGAAUGAGAAAGAUGUUAUUUGCUUGUCAAAUAAUACAGAAACAAUAAAAAGUGUAAAUUCAAGUUCACUUGUAAAUGAAAAUCUGCGUGAAAGUUUUCAAAAUACAAAAUUAUCAGAAAAUGAAUCUUUAAUUGUAAGAGCAAAUCCUACAAGGAAAGGUCCAUCAAUAGUGUUACCUGAAAUGAUUCAUAAAAAUAGUAAUAAAUUGGACUUUUGAUGUUUUUAUGUAAAUAUAAAUGCUAAUUGG